AUGCAGUUCACGACGUUUGCACUCUCUGCCCUCUUGGGCCUGGCUUCCGCCCAGAAUGUCCAUGUCGUCUCCGUAGCGACAGCAAACAACUCCCUCGUUUUCACGCCCGACAACAUCCAGGUGCCUGCAGGCGACAUGGUCCAGUUCCAGUUCCGCGCGGGAAACCACAGCGUCGCUCAGUCAACAUUCGACGCUCCCUGCAGCCCGAUCUCCCAGCACACCAACCAGACCGGUGCCUUCAGUGGCUUCCAGCCCGUCGCUGCCAGCACUUCCACCGGCAUGGUUCCCACCUGGACCAUUAUGGUCGCCAACACGAACCCUCUGUGGUUCUACUGCGCGACUGCAAUGCAUUGCCAGAAGGGCAUGGUCAUGGUCAUAAACGAGAACACUGCUGCUAAUGCUACCCGCUCUCUCGCCGAGUUCAAGAAGAUUGCCGCCGCUGCCCCGGCCAACAUCGCUCCUAGCACCGGUGCCAGCACCGGUGGCAACACUGGCAGCGGUAGCGGUACGGGCAGUGGCAGUGGCAGUGCCACGACUACUGGCUCCGGCUCGGCUACUACUGGGACCGGCUCGACAACAGAAGGUGGAUCCGCUACCACCACCUCUGCCACUGCCGUGGCCACUGCCGGUGUCGCUGCCCUUUCCGUCUCGACAACGUUCAGCCUGCUUUCAGGUGUUGCCGUUGCGCUGUUGUUGCUAUAA